AUGUUUUUGAGAAGAAACACCUGUCUGCUGUUUUUUCUGCUGUGUUCUCUGGCCAUGUGGUGCAAGUCGACCAGUGCAGGAGCCAGUUUUCUCAGCCCUCCGCAAAAACCUCAGAACAAGAUGAAGUCUUACAGAGUCGGCCGACAAGUCAUGGAGGAGCCUAGUCUACCCAGUGAGGACAAUCAAGUAACAAUAAGUGCCCCCUUUGAAAUUGGCAUCACCAUGACAGCUGAGGACUUCGAGGAGUACGGUGUGGGGCUGCAGGAGAUCAUUCAGCGUCUGCUGGGAAACUCAGAGACAGCAGGUACACCCAACACCUCUAUUAUAUCUAUCUAG